AUGCAAUCCUGGCGACGGCCCAGCACGUCGGAAGGGGGUGCCGGUGGCGGGGGCGGCGCCGCCCCCGCCACCACGGCCCGUGGCAGCACGGAGUCCGAGACGACGGGAACGGCGGAACACGCGGGUGAUGAGCAGGGCAGCAGCGGCGGUGGCGGCGGCGGCAAUGGCAUCACCGAGACGAUCAAGUCGGGCGUCGGUCGGCUCAAGGCGAGCUGGGGGUGUGGCGGGGGCCCCCGUGUGGCGGUCGUGAUGGCGGCUAGCUCGGUGGCCGAGUGUGCUGUGGUGUACCUGUGUAACUAUGUAUGUGUGCAUGUUUAUAUGUACCACUUCCACGUGCAAGGAACAACAGCACAACGCCCACCGCAACCGGACAUAAAGACACCGCCCGCCACUACCAGCGAGGCGGCCGCGGAGCAGGCGUCAUCGGCCCCCAUCCUGCAACUGCAGCCACUGCAGCUCAUGUACGAGCUCUUGUUGAGGCAACUGAUAUUUCAUGCGCUGGAGGGCCCGUGGCGAUUGUGA